AGACAGAAUAGAAUUUCUAGAAACACGAUGAAGAGCUGGCUAGAGGCGAGCGGGAUGGAGGACUCUCUGUCCUGCAUGCUGGCCGAGCCGCGGGAGGCGCUGCUGCCCAUCACUGGUCGAGAGAACCUCGCGCCUAGGAAGAGGGACAGAACCCUAGAACCAUGCUCAAUGUCAGAAGAAGCGUAUCUGUCUAGCAGCGCGGGCUCGCCUUGCGCAGGGUUGUCGCGCGAGGAACGCAGGCGCCGGCGCCGGGCCACGCUGAAGUACCGCACCGCACACGCCACGCGCGAGCGCAUUCGCGUCGAGGCCUUCAACGGCGCCUUCGCCUCUCUCAGACGAUUGCUGCCAACCCUGCCGCCCGAUAAGAAACUCUCCAAGAUCGAAAUAUUAAGACUCGCUAUUUGUUAUAUUGCCUACUUGAACCAUGUUUUAGAUGCGUGAAUGCUCAAAAAACGCUCUUAAACAUUUUUUUUAUUGAAAUGUUUUAAGGAAAGUCAAUGUGCCGUGGCAUUUUGCCAGCUAAUCUGCAUUUAAGCGAGUUUAAAGGUACUUAGAAGAUUGAAAAUGAUCUAGUCAUGUAGGUAUUAAUAGUUAUUUGUUAUACAAGGGGGCAAAGUUGUAUUUUAACGCCGAGUGUGUAAUUGAAAAAUGAGCAAGUAAAAGGAUUCUAUA